GCAAGGCUCCACCUCCCAAAUUGCCACUGGGAACCAAGCAUUCAGAGCACAUGAGUUUAUGGGGGAUAUCUGGUUAUAAACCAACACAGAGGGCUGGAGAGAACAGCAUUUUCUUUCCCUUCUCUGACCAAGCUGGUUAAAGCCCAGUGUGACCCCUCAGUACCCAACAUUCACAAACAGGUGAAGCAAGUAGGUGAAGACACUUUGAGGAGCACUGUCAGUGAGCUGGACAGAUGGGUUUGACUCCUGUGGGUUUGGGGCUCAGUGCUGGUGCUUGGCAGCCAUUGAUGAUCUGUCCAAUCCACCUCAUUAAUGGCUAUCUGCCCCAUGGUGUGGAGGAGACAUGGGCUAGGCUCUGAACAGUGCCAGCUAGUGGCUCACCACCACAGGGGCUGCAGAAGCAGCUGCAGCAAAGGCCGAGUGGGUGCUGGGAGGGUGCAAUGAGAUGGGCAGGAAGUGAGGUGGGGAGCUCACUAGCGACGUACAGAGGUCUUCCUGGUUGCCUUAGACAGGGCUGAGGAGCCUCGCAGGGUAACCUUGGUAAGUGCUUCCUUCAUGCCCCAACCUGGGUCAAUGCCCAAGCCCCUUUGUACCCUGGGGUCUGGGAAAGCUAGGUACUGACUGGUCAGAACAUUAGGAACCUAUCCGUGGCCAGGUUAGUCAGCUUGGGACCCUCUGCAAGAAGCUACUCCUGGAGUCUGAACAUACCUCCCCCCACCACACACACACACACACACACACACACACACACACACACACACACAGUCUUGUUCAGCUUCAAUUCCUAGGUGGACUCCCAACCCUAGCAGCUAUUAAGAGUGAUCUCAGGAAGUACAGGGCCUAUGGGAAGGAAGGAAUGAGGGGAGGGCACUUUGGACUCUAAACAUUCUUUCCUGCCCGCUGACCCAUUGAGCUCCUGUGUGAGGGAUCUAGGGCUAUCACCUGAGAUAUGGGGUCACACCUGGACAGUGGCUGAAGAUGAAGUUUGUGGCCUUUGGUUUAAAGGUUCAGGGGUAUGACAGAGGUUUUCCCAGAAGUUGAAUAUGUGCUGCAGUGACCACAGAACAGCCUUGGCCAAGUCAUAGCUGCCCUGUCAUGUUCUACCAUUUUCAUAGCCAUUGGUCCUCACUAACUAAAGAGGUAGGUGAACAGUCCUUCACCAGGAGCCCCAGCUAGAGGAGGGAAGAUGGGUGCCUCUAGGCAAGGCUGCUAGGCACAAAGGUUUCCGGUGUGCUGAGUCAGAGGGAGGAGCCCACUGGCAGGGCAGGGACUGCCAGUGGGCUUGCAGAUAUAUGUAGAUCCUUUAGUCAGCCUCUGGUGUCUCUCUUCUGCCCCCCAGGUCCCCCUUCUCUGUUUCACAGGAUGGGACAACCAAUGUCCUUGGGACCACCAGCCCUCUGGGUACUGGGCUAUUUCUCCCUGAUCCUCUGGCUUUUGGCACUGUGCACAGCCUGCCACAGGAAGCGAACUCAGAGGCAGCAAGCUGGGCUGCAGGACAGUGUGAUGCCAGUAAAAGGGUCACUACUGAGACCAACUCACCUCUGCUCCCUCAGCAAGUCUGAUACUAGGCUGCAUGAACUACACCGGGGCCUAUGCCACAGUACAGCCCCACGGCCUGCCAGCAUGGAUCUCUUACACCCACACUGGCUGGAGAUGUCCAGAGGCAGCACCAGGCUGCAGGCAGCCCCCUCAGCCUUCCCACCCCGGCAGCUGCCUAGUGUUCCUCCAACUACUCCUGCCACUGUACCCUCCACUGGCCCUGAGGCCACCUAUUCGAAUGUAGGGCUAGCUGCAAUCCCCAGGGCCAGCCUGGCUGCUAGCCCUGUGGUGUGGGCAGGGGCACAGCUGACCAUCAGCUGUUCCAGACUUGGACCUGGGGCUGAGUAUGCCUGCAUACAAAAGCACAAGGGGACAGACCAGCGCCACCAAGAACUGCACCAGGAAAAUGCUGAGGUGACUCCAAGUGUUCAGGUGGACAUCCUAUACUCCAGGGUCUACAAGCCUAAAAGCAGGGACCCAGGACCCGCAGACCAUUCGGACCCCAAGGGUAGGGGUGUGAUUUUCACCCUGGGGAGUGAACUGGACUACGAGGCCAUCCCUCUUAGGAGCCAGGGUGUAAACCAAGGCCCCCUGGAAAAUGUGUAUGAGAGCAUCAGGGAGAUGGGGCCCUGAGUGGUUGGAGUCCCCAUUUUCUGCUUACUAACAUAAAUGGACAUCGCAAGGGCACCAAGGCUCUCUGCUUUCAUAUGCUUCUGCCUAGGAAAGGGUUGAAGACCCCUCUGUCUUUCCCCUACCUUACAGCUGACAGCACAAAUCCCAGGUCCUGUCCUUGUGGCCCCCCUGGCCUCUGACCCCUCCUGAGAAGACCUACAUCUUAAUAAAUUAAAUCUCAAUCACC